AUGGCCUCUCGCAUACCGACCCCGUUGCGCCUUGCUAACCGUACUGCCGUCUCCACACGCGCAGGAGCCUGUUCGUCACCGCUUUGCAAGUCUCGCGUCUUCCGCCAGCAGCGCUUCUAUUCUUCCGAGCCCCCUCGCGGCAGUAACAGCCAGAUCAAGUUCUGGCCUUUCUUCGCACUCUUUGGAUUGGCGUCGGCGGGAUACAUUCAGCUAGCAAACUCUCGCAUCAAGAAAACAGAAGACAUGUCUCCUGCGAUCGAAAACCAAGCUCCGGCCGCGGCGCUGCCUGCCCGCGACGCACCGGUGUUCAACCCUGCCGAUGUGACCGUCGUUUUUGUCCUCGGUGGUCCCGGCGCUGGAAAGGGUACACAAUGCGCCAGGCUCGUUGCUGAACAAGGCUUUACCCAUCUCUCUGCCGGCGACUUGCUGCGCGAAGAGCAGGACCGACCCGGGUCUCAAUUUGGCCAAUUGAUCAAGGACUACAUCAAGGAUGGUCUGAUUGUUCCCAUGGAGGUUACCAUCAAGCUGCUCGAGAACGCCAUGACGGCUGCGCUCAACGAAAAGGGUACCACCAAGGGCCGCUUCCUGAUCGAUGGCUUCCCCCGUAAGAUGGAUCAAGCCCAUAAGUUUGAAGAGGCCGUCUGCCCCGCCAAGGUCGUCUUGUUCUUCGACUGCCCUGAGAAGGUCAUGGAGGAACGCCUGUUGGAGCGGGGCAAGACGAGCGGUCGAACAGAUGAUAACGCCGAGAGCAUUCGCAAGCGCUUCCGCACAUUUAUUGAGACUAGCAUGCCUGUCGUCAACUUCUAUGAGGGCCAAGGCAAAGUCAUCAAAGUUGAUGCCACGCCUGCUCCCGCGGAUGUCUUUGUGACAACAAACAAGCUUCUUACCGAGAAGCUUGCCUUGUAA